AUGCCUUCGAAAAGGUCGAAGCUUCUCCCCUCCGGCGGGAUGGAAUAUAAGCCGGGCAACAAGCAGAAAAGACAAAUUCUACACAUCAAACGGAAGAAGGCCAAAGAUUCGCAGUCCCGUGCGGAACGAUUCGCAAGGAAGAAGGAAGAGGCUAAGAACCCAAAGCUCAAGGCUGAGCGGCUACGACGGAAUAUACCUCUUACGCUUGAAAGGAAACGAGUGUGGGAUGAUGUUGGGAGCGAUGUUGAGGACGGACUGGGAGUGAGCUUUGAUGUGGAGCGGGUUAAAAGACAAAAAAUGGAGGAGGAGGCACGGCAAGAGAACAUUGACAAAAUGAAUGCCGCAAGUGGCACUAAAGAGCAGGAUAACGAAGACGAAGACGGAAAUGAAGACGAUGAGAUAGACAGCAUGAUCGCCUCCGAUAGCGACGAGGACGAGGACGCAGAUGAGAAGGACCAAGGCUAUAAGUCCUCGCGCACACGGAAAUCAAAACUACCAUCUGCAACAGAGCGCGCAACAAGUCCUACACAAUCCACCAGAAGCACGAAUCUUGAUCUCGCACCUGACGCCCUCGCAGCCAAAUUUCCCACCCUAUUUACCAAAGAACCCCCUCCGACGCCGAAAAUUUUGAUCACCACCUCUAUCAACUCUACCUUGCACGAGCAAGCACAUCUCCUCACCGACCUAUUUCCUAAUAGCGUUUAUAUCCGCCGCUCCGCCCAUAAAUAUGCCCACAAGUACUCCGUGAGAGAAAUAUCUAAAUUUGCCUCAAACCGAAACUUCACAGCGGUGGUGGUUGUGGAAGAAGACCAAAAGCGCGUCUCGGGGAUGACGAUUGUUCACCUGCCCGUAGGCCCAACGUUCCACUUCAGCGUCAGCAACUGGAUCGAGGGUAAGAAACUGCCAGGACACGGAAACUCCACAGGCCACUGGCCCGAGUUGAUCUUGAAUAAUUUCCGUACCCCGCUUGGAAUGCUCUCCGCACAUUUGUUUCGGACGCUUUUCCCUCCACAGCCCGAGCUAGAAGGGAGGCAAGUGGUGACUCUACAUAAUCAACGGGAUUACAUUUUUGUAAGAAGGCACAGAUACGUGUUUCGCGAGAAGCGCGAGACGGAGAAGAGUGUAGUCGGGGCUGAUGGGAAGGAGAUAAAGGGGGUGGAAGGAAUCAGAACUGGCUUACAAGAGUUAGGGCCGCGGUUUACACUCAAGCUAAGGAGGGUUGAUAAGGGUAUACAACGGGCCAGUGGACAGGAGUGGGAGUGGAAGGGUGGAAUGGAGAAGCAGCGGACGAAAUUCCAGCUGUAG